AUGGGUUUUAUCCGAGACCUCGAGCACUUCUUGGAGGAAACCACCGAUUCCUUUAACACCUCAUCUCUACGUAAUCUCUUGAGACUACAUAAUUCUACAGGGGCAAACAGCACAGAGGAAUUAGUCUCUAUGCUACAUUCCGGGAAUGCUACCGGAAGAACAUUUUUGUUGCUGUUUUAUUCAGUUAUUUUUGUCGUGUCUUUAAUUGCCAACUCACUUGUCUGUUACGUCAUUAUUCGGAACAAGCGACUGCACACUGUAACAAACUUGUUCAUUGCUAAUCUUGCCAUUUCGGAUAUUAUAGUAACUGUUCUAAACAUCCCAUUUAAUGUUGCUCGGUUUCUAUUGGAAGAUUGGCCUUUCGGAACUUUUCUCUGUCAGACGAUAAAUCUGUCGCUGAUGGCGUCAGUGUAUGUGUCGACGUACAGCCUGACGGGUAUAGCCCUGGACCGCCACCAGGUGAUAAUGUACCCCCUCAGGCCGCGAAUGGGUAUCGUGGCCGCCAUCAUUCUUAUUGUCCUCAUAUGGAUCUUUGCCAUACUUUUAUCUCUACCUUAUGGGAUAUACACCCAUGUCCAAGAGGUGAAUUUCUUCAUCAAGACAGUCAAGAGGUGCCGGUCUCAGUUCCCUGAGCCUAAGAAGCUUGUGGAACAGUCGUUAACAGUAGUUACGUUCAUGGCGCAGUACGUGAUGCCGUUAGCCAUUAUAACGUUGACGUACGGCAGGAUUGUACAACGUCUGUGGUCUAGAGCCACACCUGGGGCAGUCACGCGAACGCAACAACUCUCACACAAAAAGGCUAAGCGGAAGAGCAUCAAACUGCUGAUACUUGUGGUCGCUGUUUUUGCCUUGUGUUGGAUGCCGUUGAACCUUUAUCAUAUACUAACGGACAUACACCCAAACACCACCCUCUUUCUAUACGACAGUACAGCUUUCUUCAUCUGUCACUGGAUUGCCGUCAGCUGUGCUUGCUACAACCCCUUCAUCUACUGUUGGCUAAAUGAGGUGUUUCGUAGAGAGGUAAAACGGCGAUUGAACUGGUGCUACAGGAAAUCCAGCACUGUCCACCCAGGCAUUGAGAUUGACGGGUUGUUGGUAUGUGCUGAGCAGGGGCAGAACUCUCUGAGCCGACUUUUACUGAGUACAACGAGAACAACGGUAAGUCGCCGAGAGCACAUUGUGGUGGAAGCCUGCAAACAGUCUACGUCUAACUCCGGUAUGGACUCAUCGGAAACGACUUCAAGGUGA